GAACCAUAAAGGCAGAGGCAACAUGGUCACUGCGCCGUGACUGAGACUUAAAUGAGUUGGAGCGCGCAAACUUACGCACGGACAAGUCAUAGUUUGCGUGUUUGGCGCAAUGCAGUUACAGGUUCUUUGAUGUUUUUAGAUUAGUAUUCUUGUCAGGUGAUACGUGUUGAGUUUUUUUUUUGUGUGUGUGUGUGUGUGUUUCCUCGGAGCCUCAGAGAGAAAUGGACAUUGUUGUGAGUUUCCAGUUUGUUUCAGUGGACAGGUGAUUUGUGCUUCUCAUUAGUAGAGAUUUGAGGUAGAAUAUUGUCUCGUGGGGGUGUUUCUUCACGUUUCAGGGGAAGAACAAUAACAAUAAUAAUAAAAAAAAAAAAAUGGAGCAGGAAGACGUUUCAGCAGCGAGCGCGCAAAGUCGCUUCUCGUCAGGUUCGGACACCUUGUCAGAAGGAGACGACCUCACCCCAGAAUUGGACUUAAAAUGUAUUGAAGAAGACAGCCACAACGCAGAGUGUCAGUGCGUCAACGACAUGGGAAAUGGCACCUCUCCGGACGAGCCAGACCAAGACGAGGACGAGGACGAGGAAGACGAGAGGAUGGACCACAUCUUGUUUCCUCCUGCCACAACAGUGCGUAAAUACAGUAAUCCUGACCUGACUGUGGGAUUAAACCCUGCCCUGAAACUGAAGCGGUAUCUGAGUGAAGAUGGGACACACAUUCGCAGGAGGAGCCUCGGGGGUGGACUUACAGGAAAGUACCUUUUGCUCCCUAGUAACGCACAGCAAGCUGCUUGGCAGCCUUCACAUGAAAUGUCAAAUUUGCUUCGUAUGCGUUCUACUAACCUCGGGAAGUCUGACCCCUCCCUCACCUCCAGUCAGAAAGAACUGAGUCUUCCCAGAAGAGGCAGUUUCCUCACUCCCCGAAGCUUGAGUCCCACUCCCACUAGCCCUUGCAGUCCGUGCAGCCCACUGCACGCUUUUCAUUUUUGGAGUUGCAGGACAACCAACAGAAAAAGUCUGAUAGGAAGUGGUCAGUCAUCAGGUUUACCACGACCUCACUCGCCACUCUCUACUCUCACUGGAACAAGUCCACAAGACAGUCCCAGGAAUUUCUCCCCCAGUGCUUCUGCUCAUUUCUCAUUUGCACGAAGGACUGACGGCCGCCGCUGGUCAUUAGCCUCUCUUCCCUCGUCAGGCUAUGGAACCAACACACCCAGCUCCACCCUCUCUUCAUCCUGUUCAUCACAGGAGAAGCUGCACCAGCUGCCCUUCCAGCCAACCCCUGAUGAACUGCACUUCCUCUCUAAGCACUUCUGCACUGAGAGCAUCUCUGGAGAUGAAUGUCGACGAGCCACACCAAUGCGACCACGUUCACGCAGUCUCAGCCCAGGACGAUCUCCAUCAUGUUUUGACAAUGAGAUAAUUAUGAUGAACCAUGUCUACAAGGAGAGAUUUCCAAGGGCCACAGCUCAAAUGGAGGAGAAGAUUGAGGAGAUCAUCCGCAGUAACUCUCCAGAGAACGUCCUCCCUCUGGCAGAUGGUGUCCUCGGUUUUGCACAUCACCAAAUCAUUGAACUGGCCCGAGACUGUCUCGAGAAGAGCCGGCAAGGGCUGGUCACCUCCAGCUAUUUCUGCGAGUUCACCGACAAGUUGGAGAAGCUGGUUAUGGAAUCAACAGAAAGAUCAGAGAGUGAGGAAGUGAACUUCAUCAGAGAGCUAGUAAAAAAAAUUUUGAUGGUUAUUGCCCGACCAGCACGAUUACUGGAAUGCCUGGAAUUUGACCCAGAGGAGUUCUAUCACCUUUUGGAGGCUGCUGAAGGACACGCUAAGGAGGGCCAGGGUAUCAAAACUGAUAUCCCCCGUUACAUUAUCAGCCAACUUGGACUGACGAGGGACCCUCUGGAAGAAAUAGCUCAGUUGACCAGCAGUGACAGUGGGAUUGCAGAAACGCCUGAAACGGAUGACUCGUCGCAAAGUCUUAGCGCGGUCUUACGGUCCAGACGGAAACCCUGUGAGCUGGACUUUGAGAUGAUAAAACUCAUUAGUAAUGGCGCCUAUGGAGCUGUAUACCUGGUUCGGCAUAAGGAGACAAAGCAGCGAUUUGCCAUGAAAAAGAUCAAUAAACAAAACCUUAUUUUGAGAAAUCAAAUCCAGCAGGCGUUUGUGGAAAGAGACAUCCUCACCUUUGCAGAGAAUCCUUUUGUGGUGUCAAUGUUCUGCUCUUUUGAGACGCGACGCCACUUGUGCAUGGUUAUGGAAUAUGUAGAAGGUGGGGACUGUGCCACUCUUUUGAAAAACAUGGGUCCUCUUCCUGUGGAUAUGGCCAGAAUGUACUUUGCAGAAACUGUACUUGCUCUCGAGUACCUCCACAACUAUGGCAUUGUACACAGAGAUCUUAAACCUGACAACUUGCUUGUUACCUCGAUGGGGCACAUAAAACUGACAGAUUUUGGUCUGUCAAAAGUAGGCCUGAUGAAUAUGACUACGAACUUGUAUGAAGGACAUAUAGAGAAAGACGCACGGGAAUUUUCUGACAAGCAGGUGUGCGGCACGCCAGAGUAUAUUGCUCCAGAGGUGAUUCUCAGACAGGGCUAUGGGAAGCCGGUGGACUGGUGGGCAAUGGGCAUUAUCCUCUAUGAGUUUCUUGUGGGCUGUGUGCCGUUUUUUGGUGACACACCAGAGGAACUUUUUGGACAAGUCAUCAGUGAUGAAAUCAACUGGCCUGAGGGUGAAGAUGCACCACCUCUUGAUGCACAGGAACUUAUCACAUUGCUGCUGAGACAGAACCCUCUGGAAAGACUUGGUACAGGAGGCGCUGCAGAGGUGAAGAACCACCAGUUUUUUCACAACCUUGACUGGAAUAGUUUACUGAGGCAGAAAGCUGAGUUUAUUCCACAGUUGGAAUCUGAAGAUGACACAAGCUAUUUUGACACACGCUCUGAAAGAUACCAUCACCUUGAAACAGAAGAGGAUGACACUAAUGAUGAAGACUUUAACAUGGAACUGCGGCAGUUUUCCUCCUGCUCUCACAGAUUCUCCAAGGUUUACAGCAGUCUGGAUCUGUCCCAUGGGCAUUUGGAGGAGGAAAAGGGAGAGACUGAAGAGAACAAAGCGGAGACUCCAUUGACUGCCGAUACACUUAACUGGAUGCCAGAUUUUACUGAAAUGCCAUCCCUAUCCCAGUCAACAGACAGUGGCAGUUUGAACCAAGGGUCUUGUUUGCUACCAAAGUUUGCCAUCUCAGCAGAAAGUGAAGGAGAGGAGUCCUCAGGCCUCGCAGACUCAACUAAACCAUCCUUGUCUGUUGAAAUACCUCUAGAUGAGCCUGACAUGACGACCCCUGGCAGCACUCCGGGAGAAACUCUCUCUGGCAGUUUUUCUGAACAUUUGGACCAGCUGGUCACUAGAAGUGAAGAGACGGAGAACCCUGAUAUCAAUUCCCCUGGCGACCAGGUGACUCAACCAGCUCCUGCUCCACCCCAGGCCUCUGUGGAAAAGUCUGGAGCUGUACCAAAAGUCCCCAAGUCUGUUUCAACUGGAACUCUUUCUCUCAUGAUCCCAGGGGAUAUUUGUGGUGUGUCUCCACUACCCAGCCCCCUAUCACCAUACUCACUUUCCUCAGACCCUUCCUCAAGAGACUCCUCUCCAAGUCGAGACUUGUCCUUGUGUCCUACGAACCAGCGGCAGCCAGUCAUAAUCCAUAGCUCAGGAAAGAAGUUUGGCUUCACACUCAGAGCCAUACGGGUUUAUGCUUGUGACAGUGAUGUCUACACUGUUUACCACAUGGUCUGGAACGUAGAAGAAGGAGGACCUGCACAUACUGCUGGAUUAAAAGCUGGAGACCUCAUCACUCAUGUCAAUGGGGAACCAGUGCAUGGGCUUUUUCACACAGAGGUGGUUGAGCUUCUGCUAAAGAGUGGUAGCAAAGUUGCCAUCUCUACAACACCAUUUGAAAAUACAUCAAUUAAAACUGGUCCAGCCAGACGGAACAGCUACCGAAGCAAGAUGAUAAGGUGUGCUAAAAAAGCUAAAAAGGAGAAGACGCCUGAGAGGAGGCGCUCCCUCUUCAGGCGUUUUGCGAUGCAGCCUUCUCCUCUGCUGCACACGAGCCGCAGUUUUUCAUCAUCUCUGAACCACUCACUCUCAUCUGGUGAGAGCCUCCCUGGUUCUCCAACCCACAGUCUAUCCCCUCACUCUCCUACUGCCUCCUUACGACCUGCACCAGACUUCACACAGUCAGGAGGAAACUCCUCUCAGAGCAGUUCUCCAAGUUCCAGUGCUCCCAACUCUCCUGCAGGUUCUGGAAACAUCCGCCCGAGUACGUUGCAUGGGCUUGGCCUAGGACCACGACUUCGCCAGGGUCGACGAAAAUCUGCCGGUAGCAUCCCCCUUUCUCCUUUGGCCCGCACACCUUCUCCUACGCCACAGCCGACGUCUCCACAGCGCUCUCCUUCUCCUCUCCUGAGCGGACAUUCAGUCACUAUCUCAAAGACACCACAAACCUUCCCAGCAAAGAUCCACUCCCCUCCCACUAUCGUCCGACAUAUUGUGCGCCCCAAAAGCGCUGAGCCUCCUCGCUCGCCCCUCUUAAAGCGAGUGCAAUCUGAAGAGAAGUUGUCUCCCUCUUACUCUGGAGACAAGAAGCACCUGUGUCCCAGAAAACACAGCCUGGAAGUGACGCAGGAGGAGGAGCAAGGGGAAGAACUAGGCAGCGAUCAGCACAGUGUGGACGAGACAUGUGAGCCUGUGUCUGUCCCCCGCAUUCGGCCCGUUGAACAGGGAUGCUUAAAAAGGCCCGUUUCUCGGAAGGUGGGACGUCAGGAAUCACUUGAAGAACUUGACAAAGAAAAGCUGAAGUCAAAACUUGUUGUUAAGAGGUUGGACUGGUCAGAAAGGAGGGAGUCAUUACAAAAGCAAGAUGCCCUUUAUGAAUCAGAUCUGGUUUCUUUCUUUGGUGAUGACAGGGAUGAAUGUCAAACCUCUGAAACCCAUCCCGGUUUUGCACUUAAAAAGCGGAACACACAUGUUUCAGAUGCUGGUGUUGAGCUUGGUACUAGUAGUGAUGGAGAUGGUAGCCCAAGAUCCCACUCAGAUAGGCCACACUCAAGACUGAGUAAAGAUCUUAUUAAGCCAGAUAGACUGGACUUCAAAGCUCCUAACAUUGAACUAACCCGAAAGAGGCUUUCAUUUGAAGAACGUGAGGAUUGUGUACGUCGUUUGUCCUCAACCAUUCUUGAAAAUCAUCAUUUUGGGUCCACAAGAUCUAAAAGUCUUCAGCUGGACACAGUUUUAAGUCAUGAUCAAAUGAAGGCCGGAAUGGGAAGUAUUCACUCAAGCCCAGAAGGUCUGGCCCCCAAGUAUUUCUCUGGCAGACCAGAGAGUGCUGUGGAAAAACUUCAUCUUAUCUCUUCCAUAGAGUCUCCACUUCGCAAAACCUCUUCUGAGUAUAAACUUGAAGGUCGACAUGUUUCUUCUCUUAAACCUUUAGAGGGGACACUGGAUAUAGGCCUGCUGUCUGGGCCGAGAAUCUCAAAGACAGAGACCUGUUUGUCGAAGAUGAUGGAAAAAGUCAAUGAGCCCUUAAGUUCUCCAACUCGACUGCAGAGCUUUAGUGAGAGACAAAUUACGAUUCCCCACCUAAAAUCUACAGACAAACCAAAAAGCCCUACUACUAGUUCCCCCAAAUCAGAAACACUUAAUAUGACAGUGUCCUCAGAGUCAGUCACAGAAGUGAGGAGUGAGAAAACACUCAGUGAAUGUUUAAAGAGCCCCACCAGUAAAGCAGAACCUUUUGCCUUUACUAUAAAACAGGAGAGCAGGACUGCACUGAAGGGCUCUUCCUCCCUGGCUCAUGAACUGAGAGGGGCUCGACACAGCUCCCAUUUUUCUUCAUAUGGAAAAACCCCUUCAAUAAGGGAAGUCAGCAAUGAGGACCAGGAGGAUGAAGUGGAGGAACAGGAAGUCACACCACACACUUCAUCACACAACUCUGACAGCUCCAACACAGGCAGCCUUUUGACUGGAGCUAGACCUGAUGCAGACAUAAUAACUACCCAGGCACCUUUAUUAGAGCAAGCCCCAGCUGCAGCCACCACAGUACUAUUAUUGGUCACAGAGAACAUAAACUCUGCCUUAAACAGCGAACAUACAGAAACUGCACAAACGUCAAACAUAAUGUCUCCCUCAAAGAAUGAUAUAGGUAAUUUACACAACCCAGUUCCUGUGGAUUCACAACCACCAUCUAAAGAGCUUUUGAAUUGUUCCUUAAGGAAAGAGUCACCUGCUCUUACCACCACAUCAUGUGGCUCUGUGCAUGACACGUGUGUCUCAAAAUUGGAAUCCAAAAACACAACUGAAACCACUGUGAGUAACCAGAGUGCACACAGCAAUGUUACACAGAACAGGUUUCAUUGUGGGACAGUCAAUAAAACAGACACACAAACUGCAGAUGAGCUGGAAAAGACCAUCAGUCCUCUAAAUAAGAAUGGCAUUAAUGUUAAAGAGAACUUAACUUCAAAUAAUAUCACAGAGGCUCCACUCACUGUAAAUAAUAAAGAUGUCAGUGUGUCCACUGGUGCAAUACAAGCCAGUGACAUGUGUGCACGAACCACUGCAGCAUCUGUACCACCAAAGAAUACAUUAACUGGAAUUAACACUAAACAUGUGUGUUCAGAUUUGAAAGGACACGAUAUAUCCCCUGUGUCGGACUCCUAUUUGAAUAAACAAGAAAUCAUUAAUCGCACUCAUUGCACUGGGACCAUUACAACCAAGCAGAAAAGCCCACCUUUAGCACAUGCAGUACAAAGCCCCCAUCCUGCUGUGCAAACUGCUGUUAAAGCACUGGGAGCUCAGAGCACAGUUCAUGCUGCCACAGGAGCCAAAGUUGCCCCUAAUGUCAAACACAAACCUGCGUUAAAGCAAGUAAGCCCCCUCACGCCUCGUGUAAGCCACGAGUCCAAGCUCAAAGAUUCCCCUCGAGUCGGUGCUGAGGUAAAAGCAGAGCCCAUGGUGAGGCUCAUACACUGUCCUCCCCAAAACGAAGGGAAGCUGAAAGAAACUCAGGCCGCAGGUUCUGUAGCAACCCUUACUGUGAAAGACCAAGCUGACACAAAGCCAAAAUGUAUCCCCACAAAAACUGCUAGCUCUCCUUCUACCAGUAAGUCUCAAACUACUCUCUCUCAGCAAACUCUUGAUGCCAAACUCAAAGACACUUUGCACAAAACCAGAGCCUCAGCUCAUAAAGACUCCUCUAACGCCAAAUCACUGACUCCACCUGAGAAUCUAUCAGAUCCCCCUCCACUGCUGCCGAAACCAGCCCAUAGAAAGGAUAUGCAUCUACAUAGCACUGACAAGAACAUGUCCUCUCCAACCCAGGAAUCUGAAGUGAAGUCUUUAAAGGAAGCCCCAGAGUCUGAAGGGCCCAGGCCAGAGCCACUCAAGGCAGCUGAUGUACAAGACACUAGAGGCACCAGUCUUCCUCAACAAAUUACAUCUGUCAAGAAAGAGCAGGGAGACCGAAAGAAGAAGGAAUCCGCUCAAGAGGUAUCACUAAAUGUUCCAAAAAACACUAGGAGAGAGUCACCUAAAAUGGCUCCUGCCUCUACAAAAGAUGUGUCUGAAAAGGACAGUAGCAGAAAUAAACAGAAGGAGUCACCACGUAGUUCAAGCAACAAAAAAUAGACUUUCAAAAUGUUACCAGUUGCAACAUCUUCAUGCCUUUUUUGUUUGAGGACCGAGGAAGCUGUUACAAUAUUGUGCUGAUUCAGGAAUGAUGAGUCUGUGUGAAUGCAGAUGCAUACAGAUGUAAAGAGGAUGUCUGAAUGUAAGCUACCAUUUGCAAACUCUUUUGUAUCUUUGUUGUAUUUUACUAAAUAGAAUGUGUGAAUAUUAGGUUUUGCUCAGUGCAAAAUGCUUUGUGCAAUCAUUGUCAGGACUGAGGGGAGAGGGAGCCUUAUUGGAAUUGGGAUGUACUGUAUUUUUGUGCCAUACUAAUUUAAAUUGCACUCUUUAGACUGAAGAAGACCUGGUGUUGCAGGUGCUAAUGCAGUAGUAGAUUACACUAUUAAGCAGUGGUGACAAUGUUGCUUACAUUAGAUUUAUAUUGGGGUCUUGCUGUGGUAUGCACAAAUCCUUCACAUGGGUUCUACUCAUCAAAAACCAGAGAAAAGCCUUACAAAAAUCUGGAAAGUAAAUAUCUGUUAGCUCGCUCUCGUGUAAAACACAUUCCUGCGUACAUAUUUUUAUGCAAUAUCAUGUAAAUAUGAAAACACUGUAAAAAUGGGAUAUGUGGGCAUACUAGUUGUUUAUUAUAUGUAUAGUUUUGUAGUGUCAUGUUAGUAUUGCUCAGUAUUACUCAUUGUGCUUGAAAACUCAGUUCAGUGUAGAGUAAGCUAAAAUGAUGUAUCUUGUCACAUACAUCCUUUUUUGUUGAGUUUAAACUGGUUAAACUUGUUAAACUUGAAUUGAGACAAAGAUGAGUGAAGCCAACUGUGUUUUCUCAAAUGUAGCAUUUUAUUUUGAAAUAUUGACUUUGAAAGAAUGAGGACCAUGUAGAAUGUCAAGAGGUUGAAUGAUGUAAGCCACUAAAAUGCAGUGCUGACCAAUAAGCCUGUUAGCUGUGCCCUUUGGUCAGUCUUAAAGCCAUGGUUAUGAACAGUGGUACAUUGUGAGACGUUUGAAGGACUUUGGAGUCGGGCUUUAGUCUUUAUUCAAGUCAUGUGGUAGCUUAUUACAAACACUUGAGAAUAAAAUUUCACCUCAUUGGGCAGGCGUGUCCAAACUUUGCAGUUAAAGACAACUGCUGGAAAAAGGGUCACUAACAUGGGCCACAUAUCACCAGUAACUAUAUUUUGAUCUUUCUAUAGUAUUUGUCAUGGAGAUACUGCUACUGUAUUACUACCACCAUAGCACCCCUGCAGAUUUAAUGUAACAUGUACAUGCGCUUUAAGUAUUUUUUUAAACGGCCUACACUGACGCAGAAAAUCAGGCUUUCGAUAAAUGGACUGUAUCGUGCAAUAAUAAGUUGUUUCAAUUUAGAUAGUGAAAAUGCAUUCAAUUACAGUAUAGUUUGUCUACAUGGAUUUCUAAAUGACACUGAAACAAAUUGAAUCGUAUGUUUUCUCCCAUAAAUAUGUGAGACCUGCACCUUAAUAAGAUUUUAUCUCUAAUUGUCCCGGAUGCAUAUGAGUUACUAAAUUAGUCAACAAUAACCACUCUUUGUAUCCCGUGAAGACUGAAAUAAUCCUAAUAGCACAUUCAAUGUUUGUUUACAAAAGAAUCAUGGAUGUAUAUUUUGUACAUUGUCGAUUUGCCAAAUUUCUGUUCUGUGUCUCCAAUGAUGUGGUUUUAGUGUGAGACUUGCAAUGUCUUUGAUGUCGGGUUCUUGUGUCUGCUUGUUUCUUAGUUGUUUUUUCUUUUUCUAGUAUGAACUUGGCUAUCGUGUCUUUUAGAUUAAGUGCAAUAAAAGCCGUUUGGGUCUUGUAUUUUGCUCAAGCUGUUUGGAUGUCAUAAAUGUUCUAUAUUAAAAAAAAGAUUUAUUUAUACUUAUAAUGUUACAUAAAAAAUAAAAGGAUUGUAACCCAA